GGACCUAUAAAUAAAUAGAAACAAAAUUAGAAGAAGCAAAAAUCCCCAAAUUUCUUCACUUCUGACCUACAAUUUUUCAUCCAUUCGCAGAAUCGAUCGUGAAUUCAUCACAUCAUCGUUUUACAGUGAGCAGAUAAAUCAUGGCUAAGAGAACCGGUGCGCCGGGGAUGAUCGGAUUCGACGGCGUCCGCCGCCGAAGGGAAGAAUCGUCGUCGUCGUCUUCGCCAUCGUCAUUUUCAGCACCGUCGUCUUUGUUGACUCGGGGCGUCAACUCGGUUUUCACCUUCGUCCGCUUCGCCGAGUUCGAGAUUCUCUUCGUCCUCUUCUUCCUCGUUGCUUUUCUCAUCUUCAAAGAUCUGACCUCAAGACCGGAAUACAAUGACAUUCUCGUGAGGAAGCCCGGUGGAAGUGAUUGGGGAUCUUAGUAGACUGAACGGUUAUUCGCGUAUCGCAGCCACAUGUGCGAGUCUUUACGUUUAGAUUAAAUUGUUCGUUUGUUAUUUUGUUUUUUCCCAUGUAAAAGUUGACAUUUUUGUGACAGAGGUUUAAGGAUGAUCUGAAGGACUCCUUUCUUAUAGCACAAGAGGGGUUUUCUUCUUCAUGCUUGUUGACAUUAUCGUUAUCGUAUAUAUAAACUUGUAUCUAUUUUCCCA